AUGCCUCAACAAACCUGGCUCAUAACCGGCUCAUCCUCCGGCCUAGGAGCAAUCCUCACUGAAACAGUCCUUCGCUCCGGCCACCGAGUUCUCGCAACAGCACGCAACCCAACCAAAGCCGCAAUCGAAUAUCCGCAAAUCAGCGAACUUGGCGGCAUAUGGAUAGAACUCGACGUAACCGGCACCGAUACUAGUGAGCGCAUAACAGAAGCAAUCGAAACCCACUUCGACGGCACCAUCGAUGUCGUCGUUAAUAAUGCCGCAUAUUCGCUGCUGGGGAGUAUCGAGGAUAUGAGCGAGGAGGAGAUCCAAAAGCAAUUCAGCACGAACGUUUUCGGCCCUGUGAGAGUGCUUAAGGGUGUUUUGCCUUUUAUGCGGAAGAGGAGGUCUGGGACGGUGGUUAAUGUGGGCAGUAUUGCUGGUAUUGAUGGAUUGCCUUGUUGUGCUAUGUAUGCCGGGUCGAAGUUUGCGCUUGAGGGCAUGUCGGAAAGUCUCUCCAAAGAAUUAAAACCAUUCAAUAUUCGAGUCCUCAUCGUCGAACCAGGGCAAUUUCGAACCAAGUUCCUUUCCUCUUUCGCAACACCUGCGGCUGGGUUGAGAGACGAUUACACCGGGACGCCUGUGGAUGUGACAUUGCAGGCAUUCAAGGCUCACGACGGAACCCAGCAAGGUGAUCCUGCAAAGGCAGCGUUGAGGAUUUUCGAAGUUGUCAGUGGAACUGGUAUGGGUGCGGGAAAGGAAGAUCUUCAGCGAUUGAUACUUGGUCCGGAUUGUUUUGCGCGGUUCCAGUCCAAGGCGAACUCGUUGCUUGAGAAUUUGGAUCGGAUGAAGGAGAUUUCUCAUUCGACUAGCUUUUGA